UAGAGAGCUUGCGCUGAGUCUCUUUCGCUAGGCAUAUCGUUCUUCCAUCCUUCAGAACCCCACCCAAGACGCUCCUGCGCCAGCCUGACGAGAUUUCCCACCCUCGCACGCCGACUUUUGGCAUCAGCUUUUGGACAGCUAUCAUUCUCUGCAUUCACGAGAAUACCUAGCAGCCAUGGCGACCAACGGUAAUAUUAAUCACGACCAGUAUGCCGCUCCGGCCCAGACAACAGAGACCCCGACCAAUGCGGAGGCUCAGGCCAACAACCUUCCCAAGGAUGAAGUCGGCUGGUAUUUCGUGGAGCAAUACUACACAACCAUGAGCAGGUCGCCCGACCGGCUGCAUCUGUACUAUGGCAAGAAGGCGCAGUUCGUUUGCGGCCGCGAGACGGAAGUUGUGGAUAUCUCUUUCGGCAGGCAGGCAAUUCAGGAGCGGAUUAAGAGCCAGGACUUCCAAGACUGCAAGGUCCGGGUCACCAAUGUCGACACGCAGGGCUCCGAGGACAACAUCCUUAUUACCGUCAUCGGCGAGAUGGCUAAUAAGGAGGACGAAACCAAGAAGUUUGUGCAGACUUUUGUUCUCGCCCAACAACCGUCCGGCUAUUUUGUUCUCAACGACAUGCUGCGCUUCCUUAACGACGACGUCGAGGAGGAGACAGAGGCGGCUGCUGAUGAGCAAUCAGGCCGUGUCGACAUGCCCGCUGGGCCUGAGUCCGAGGAGAAGGCGGAGGCUCCUGCUGCCGAGGAGGCCGUCCCCGAGGAAGCUCCUGUGAGCACUGAGGCGGCUGCCGAGAAGCAGGAGGAGACGAAGGAGGAAACCCCCGCCGCUGCCGCUCCCUCUACUACAGAGCCCCCUGCCGAGACACAAGAGGCGCCUUCCGAAGCGGCUCAGGCCCAGACUGAUGUUGAAAAGACGGUCGAGGAGAUCGCUGAGGAGGACGUCGAGAAGCCGGAGGAACCCAAGGAUCCCGCCCCCACGCCCUCCGCUGCCCCUGCGCCCGCACAGCCCGAGAAGGCCAAGGAGCCCCCCAAGCCAAUGUCCUGGGCUAGUCGGGUGGCUGCCGCUGCUGGCCCCUCGCGGCCCGUUGCUCCCGCUGUCCCCAAGACCGCCACCCCCCCUGCCCCGGCUCAGGCGCGCGCUGCGGCCCCCGCCGCCAGCCAAACGGCUGCACCCGCCUCCCAGUCACAGGAGAGUGCGGCUGCGCCUGCUGCUUCCAAGGACCAGGGCAGCGAGUGGCAGACCGCCGAGACCAAGCGCCAGAGCCGCGCCCAGCCUGCCGCUGCAACUGAGAAGGAAGGUGUCAUGGCGUACAUCAAGUACGUCACUGAAAAGGUCGAGGAAAAAGACUUGAGGGCCGCACUGUCCAGUUUUGGCGAGCUGGCCUACUUCGACAUCAACCGCUCGAAGAACUGCGCGUUUGUCGAGUUCAAGACACAGGCCGGUUAUAACGCUGCCAUCAAAGCCAACCCUCUCACCGUGAAUGGCGAGAACGUCGUGGUGGAGCAGCGCCGCCCCAAGGCCAAUGCGUACGGUGGCUCCAACUACAAUGCCUCUCGGGGCGGUGCCGGCCGUGGCGGUCGCGGCGGCUACGAGCCUUUCCGGUCCGGUUCCCAGGGCGGCGGCCGUGGCGGUUUCGGCCAGUCCCGCGGUCGCGGCGGCGGUUCACGUGGACGGGGGGGUUCUCAGGUCGGUACUGCUUAGUUGGCAACUACCGCCUGAUGUUGGAGUUGCCGCUGCCUUGCCUCGUAGGCCCAAAGUUGGUCUCAAACGAGGCGAGUGACCACCCUUUCGGGACAUUUCGUUAUCACGUAUCGACAUUACGCCGA